AUUUGCCAGGACGCUGCUUAACUAACACACUUCAGCGACUCUUCAUCAUCUUCAAGAGCACAAGUUCAUAACCACUAGACAAGGUUUGUCACUGUGCUGAUGGCUUACUUAUGGAACAUUUAUUCAGCAACACUCACCAGCUGUGAUGAAGAGGCCCACAGCAAAGGAGAUGCCGUGUUGCUUGUUAUGGGGGAGAGAACGAACCAAGAUGAAUCAGACAGUCUUACCCAAAAGGAAGUGAGUAUGAAGUAAAUUGCAUAAACUUAAAGUACUGCAGAGAUGAAGACCGAAGCAGGAAGAAACAUGCCACCGAUGUCCUGGUUGGGAACAUACUGUGUCAUGUGAAGAGACAUGACAAAAACAGCCCUCUUUAAAUUACUUUUGGCAAUAGUGAUUGCAUUCAUUUUACUUUUGCCUGAAUAUUUUAAGACACCAAAAGUGUUCUUCCUUUUGUAUCAUCAUUUCCAUACCUGAUGUUUGUCUUCAGACAAAAAUAAAAAUUAUGAUGUCAUCCAGUUAAAUUUCAUCUUUGGAGGUUCAGGAAAUAUAUUGGAGCUAUCAUGUCUGGAAGUGUGUUUGCAACCUAAUUUCAACUAUUCACUCCGCUCUUUAAAUUUUUCUUUUGUGACUUUUCUGAAACCAGUAAGAGAAUCUCAGACUAUUAUGGGCAUCUUUCUAAAUCACUCCAACUUUCAAAACUUCACCAGGAUUUGCCAAGGCAUCACAAGUGAAUUGAAAAUGUGCUCCUCAUGUUUAGCUUGUGAGUCCAAAAAAAGUCUGGAUUUUAUUUCUCAGGAACAAACAUCAAAAGUUCUUAUCAUGAAAGGAUCAACGGAAGUGAAGGCAAAUGAUUUUCGUUCACCUUGUCAACAUUUUAACUUCACUGUAGCUCCUAUACUUGAUCCCUUGGAAGAAUAUAACAUUACUUGUAAUCUAAAAACCCACAUGAGAAGGCCAGCAAUCAUGGAGGAAGAUUCACCCAAGGAAAAGUCUAUGAACCACACUUGUAGGACUAUGGAAUACCUGAAUAAUUGUACACAUCUUUCCUUGCACCUAGAAAUGGAUGUCAAAAAUUUCACUUGUUCCAUGAAGAUCACUUGGUAUGUUUUAGUUCUAGUCGUUUUUAUAUUUUUUCUCAUCCUCACUCUCCACAAAAUACUUGAAAGCCACAGAAGAAUGUGGAAAUGGCGGAAUUUUAUUUAUUUAUUCAUGAGAGACAGAGAGAGAGAGAGAGAGGCAGAGAGAGAAGCAGGCUCCCAAGGAGCAGGGAGCCCGAUGCGGGACUUGAUCCCAGGACCCUGGGAUCAUGACCUGAGCCCAAGGCAGACGCUUAACCAUCUGAGCCACCCAGGCGCCCCUACCUCUGCUCUUUUAAGAGGACAGGAUUCCGAGAAACUGCGAACAUUGAAUGUGCGGGUUAUUUCAGGUGGCACCCCAGAGUUGACUUCUUGCCCUGCUUGUACCCACACAUUUUUAUUAAGGAAGAUGAGGCACAAAGAAGUGUGCCUCCAAGAGACCAAGCAGAGGCUGCCCUUGACUCAGGUCAAGAAAGUGCUUCCUCCAAUACCGGAACUAGAAGUUACCUCCAUGGUGCAUCUGCAAGAUCAGUAUACACGGGUAUCCUUCUGAAUUCCUCUGGACCAUUUGGACUGAACCCUUUUGAAGAAUACUCAUAACUUCAUUUUGGGAAUGAGCUAACUAGUAAAUAUAUGGGUCCAGCUGAGGAUUCACAAUAGGAAACAGUAGGAAUGCUGACUGGUUGAUGAAAACUGGCUCA